CGGGCAGCGGCUGCGGGGGGGGCGCCGUCACCCCUCCCCCCGCCAUGCUGAGGGCCAAGGUGCUGCUGGUGGGACCGCGCGAGUCUGGGAAGUCGGUGCUGGCGAACUUCGUGUCGGAGAGCACGGAAGGGAUCGGCAGCUACAGCCCAACGCAGGGGGUGAGGAUCCUGGAGUAUGAGAAGCCAAACCUGAACGGGAACAGCAAGGGAGCUGCGUGUCGAUUCGAGCUGUGGGAUUGCAGUGGUGAUCAAAAGUUUGAAACGUGCUGGCCAGCUCUGAUGAAGGACUCUCAUGGGGUGAUAAUCAUCUUCAACCCUGAGCUGCCCAGUCACCUGAAGGAAAUUGAGAUGUGGUACUCCUGCUUCGUGCAGCAGCAGCCACUGCUCGACACUCAGUGUCUCCUGGUGGCACAUCACAAGCCAGGCAGUGCAGGGGACACAGAAAACCUGUCCCUGGCUUCCCCACUGAACAAACUAAAACUGAUACAUUCCAACUUGGAGGAAGAUCCUGAAGAUGUUCGGAUGGAAUUCAUGAAAUACUUCAGAAGUCUUAUCACCAUAAUAAAUGAGAGCAGAGAGAGGGAAGAAAUGUCAAUUAUCUCAUAACAUUACCAAAAAUACUGAACAGGGAAGAAAAAUUACGGUUUUCCCUUUGUAAGCCUGUGAGUGGGUCCUCACAAGGAGAAUUUGCCAGCCUAUGAACACCUCAGUGCUGACAUCAGGUGAGCUGUGGUGCCAAGGAGGUGGCUGCACAUCCAGGAAUGUGGGUAACUUUAGAGCUGCGCUUUGGCAUCAGAAGCACGGGAAGAUGAUGUUUAAUAUGUUGGUGUGGACCAAAAGCUAAAGGUUUGGGUCGUCCAUCCCAUAGCCCCUUUGUGCAGAGGUGCUCAGAGAGUAAGGCCUGACAGAACAUGAAUCUGUGGAGUUGUGCUGAAGCAGCUGAGUAAAGAGCUCAGGGAGCUGGGUUCCUGCAGAGGUUGUGCCCUUGGAAGUCAGUGCACACUGCCUGGAACAGAGAUCUGAGAGCAGUCGUGGGGUGGAAUGCACAGCUUUAUGUUCUGUCUGCACAGCCCUUGCCUUGGCCUGGCAGAGCUGGCUGCAGUCCUGCCCUGGACUGGGUCUUUCUGCUCCGCCAGCAAAAUACACGUUGUGAGGACAAUGUUUGGGUCUCUCUGGGAGGAAAAGCACUGAAAUCUCUGUUAGUGCAAUAUUUUGACCUAUGUCAGAAGCUCCAACAGAGAAAAAAAGUUCUGCUUUCUCAAAGGAGGAAAAGUUGUUUUGAAACUUUUAUCAGUUUCCCUCUUGCAUUAAAAUAAGUGGUUUCAUAGAUAAUUUACUUUGACUUGUUUGGUUUGCACUCAUCCCUGUUAUUAGUGUGUUUUGCUGUGGAAGACAUUUUUUUAACGUGCAUUACU